AUGGAAUCGACCCACGUAAGUGAUCAUAAGAAUUCUCGUUUGCCCUACAUAUGCCUUGUUCCUCUUUGUAUUGGAAACUUCCAAGUCAUGGCUUCACUUUUCUUGGUCGAUUUUGGCAUCAUCAAUGCUCUUCUAGUUGAAGGCAUGGCUGGACGAAACAAACACACAUGGACUAUUGAAGAAGAUGCAAAGUUAAUUGAAGCAUUGUUGGAGUUACAUGUAUAUGGAAAGUAUAGUGGUGUCAAUAACAGAUUCAAACCCGGUUAUUUAAAGGCAGUACAACAAUUACUAGAUACAUCGAAAAACCAUUUCAACAUCGUGAACGACAUGGUAUACGGAACAAACAUGAGUGGAUUUGGCUGGGAUACGGAUAAAUGCUAUGUUACCGCCGAUGCUGAAGUUUGGGAUGAGUAUAUAAAGAGUCAUAAAGGUGUUGUAUGUUCUUGCGUUAAACCAUUUCCUGAAUUCGAUAACCUAUGUAAAAUCUUCGGUAAGGACAAAGCUACUGGUCAUGGAGCUACUGACCUUGAAGAAGAUGUGACUGAAGAGACACAAAGAAGCUCACAUAUUGAUAUGAAAAGGUUUGAAGAUAUUAUUGAAUAGAUACAACAAAUUGCUCCUAUGAAAGAAAUGAAAGAGACUUUCAAGGAGGUUGGUGAAAAACUUAAUGUAACAAUAUACAAUAUAGGAAUGCAAGAAAAUAAGGAAGCAUGUGAUAUGAUAGAUAAAGUUAUCAAAGAUAUAUAAUGCAUGCUAAAUAUCAA